GGGCGGUAGGACAAAGGCUUGAAUGUCAUUUGGAGAGCGCGCAUGACAAUCCGGAAGUUACAACUUGCGUGGGGUUUACGAUUUGUGACCAUUCUUUGGCUGAAAGGAUAGCGUGAAAAUGAGCAAAGCACAUCCACCCGAGUUGAAAAAGUUUAUGGACAAGAAGCUUUCUCUAAAGCUGAAUGGAGGACGACAUGUGCAGGGUGUUCUGCGUGGCUUUGAUCCCUUCAUGAACUUGGUGGUGGAUGACACAAUGGAAAUGGCACCCGGAGGACAACAGAACAACAUCGGCAUGGUGGUGAUCAGAGGAAACAGCAUUAUUAUGUUGGAGGCGUUGGAACGAGUAUGAUGGACUGGGAGAGCUGUGUUUGAAGAACCAUGGACAUUUUUUUCCAUCUUCUCAUUUUUGUUUUUUAAACAGUUUCUCGUAGUUAUUUUCCAUAGCAAUGUUGUAUGAACAGUUACCAUGUGACCCAAAAGUCUGGUUGAUUUUGUAAUUAUUAUUUUGAAUUGCAUCUAAUAAAUUGUCCUGUUUAUUA